UCCCGAAUUUCAGAAAUGGCACCCACUAAGGCUAACAAGAAGGUUUCGCACAAGUUCACCAUCGACUGCUCCGGUCCCGCCGGUGACAAGAUCUUUGAUGCCGCCGCUUUCGAGAAGUUCCUUCACGACCGCAUCAAGAUCGAGGGUCGCACUGGUGGUCUCGCCGAUAAGGUGACCAUCGCCCGUGGCGAUGAUGCCAAGAUCACCGUUACCGCCAACCAGGAGUUCUCUAAGCGUUACCUCAAGUACCUUACCAAGAAGUUCCUCAAGAAGCACCAGCUCCGCGACUGGCUCCGUGUCAUUGCCUCGGACAAGGGUACCUAUGAGCUCCGUUACUUCAACAUUGCCAACCAGGACGAUGAUGAGGAUGAGGAAUAAACUGUUCCUACUCACUCUGAAUCAAUUGGUGUUGAAAGCCUUUUUUUCCUUCCUGUUGAAUAAAAGGGUCGAUUGACGUCGAACAAAAACAUACGCAUAACAUAUUCCUC